AUCGUGCACCAACCCCCGAGAUGCCAUCCUCCCUGUUCUACCCACUCCAGCCUGAUAACCAUCCCCAAGCAUGGCCUGUCAGUGGUUCACAGUCUAAAUUUAAACCACAGCAGGGCCAACUGCUCCUCCAGCCACUCUGGGCCCCUGUUAUUUUUCCCUGCCCAAGGAGGGAGGGGGCUUCUUCUGUCAACGGCCCUUAGCCAGGAGAAGAGCCCUGAGUCUGCUUGAGGGAGAGGAAGAGGCAGAAGGGGAGAGAGGGCAGCAGGUCAGGAGCCCACAGGCCUUCACCACAGGGCGGGAGUACACUGUACCCCUGCCUGGGAUUAUACAAAAAGUGGACUAAUUUUUCUUCAUUUUAAGUGGAAGUACCAAGAUGGCGGCCAACGCAGACGCUGCCAAGCCGGUCAUCAUGAACGAAGAGGAGCUAAAGAGGAAGCAGAGGGAGAAGCUGAAGAAGCUGCAGGCCACGGGAGGCAACCCUCGUCCUGCCAGGUCCCUGUUCCUCUUCAACCUCAAGAACCCCUUCCGCAAGGCCUGCAUCAACAUCGUGGAGUGGAAAACAUUUGAGAUCAUCAUCCUACUGACCAUUUUUGCAAACUGUAUUGCCCUGGCUGUGUUCCUGCCCAUGCCUGAAGAAGACAGUAACAACACCAACUCCAGCCUGGAGAGUUUGGAGUACAUCUUCAUGAUCAUCUUCACAUUAGAGUGCUUUCUCAAGAUAGUAGCGUACGGGUUCGUUUUCCAUGAAGGUGCCUAUUUACGGAACUGCUGGAACAUAUUGGACUUUGUCAUCGUCUUCAUGGGUCUCUUCACCUUUGCUGUGGACACCAUCAAUAAGAUAGCAGGCACACCAGUGGAGAAGGGCGGAGGGUUUGACAUGAAGGCGCUGAGAGCCUUCAGAGUGCUGCGACCUCUUCGUCUCGUCUCUGGAGUUCCCAGCCUGCAGGUGGUGAUGAACUCCAUCCUGAAGGCCAUGCUGCCUCUGCUCCACAUCGCCCUGCUGGUCUUCUUACUCGUCACCAUCUUUGCCAUCAUGGGGCUGGAACUCUUCAAGUGCAAAAUGCAUAAAACCUGCUACUACAGUGGCACAAACCUCUAUGCCAUAGCAGAGGGUGAGCAGCCUGCUCCCUGUGCCCAGGCUGGUAACGGCCGACGCUGCAUAAUAAACGGCUCUGAGUGUCGACCGAACUGGGAAGGUCCCAACGAAGGCAUCACUCACUUUGACAACAUAGGUUUCGCCAUGUUGACUGUCUACCAAUGCAUCACCAUGGAGGGAUGGACCAAAGUGCUCUACUGGAUUAAUGACGCCAUAGGAAAUGAAUGGCCCUGGCUCUACUUUGUCCCUCUCAUCCUGCUGGGUUCCUUCUUUGUGCUAAACCUUGUUCUGGGUGUUCUCAGUGGUGAGUUUACCAAAGAGAGAGAGAAGGCCCGCUCCCGUGGAGAGUUCCAGAAGUUACGUGAACGUCAGCAGUUGGAUGAGGAUCUUCACGGCUACAUGGAGUGGAUCACACAUGCUGAGGUCCUCGAUGCAGACCGGGAGGGUAAAGGUCUGUUGCCUUUGACCAGUGACGGUGACAAAGACAGUCUGUACGACCUGGAGGGCAAAAGUCGAAUUGUCUACUACUACCGUCUGGCUCGGCGCUGGAAUCGUUUUUUCAGGAUGAAGUGUUUGGUGUAUGUGAAAACCAGAGCCUUUUAUUGGUUGGUGAUGUUCCUUGUUUUCCUAAACACCCUGAGCAUCGCCACAGAGUACCACCACCAGCCUGACGGGCUGACAACUAUUCAAGACGUUGUUAGCCGUGUCCUGCUGGUGCUGUUUGUCCUUGAGAUGUUUAUAAAGAUGUACGCUCUGGGACCCAGGGCAUACUUCAUGUCACUGUUUAACCGUUUCGACUUCUUCGUGGUGCUCUGUGGAAUCCUGGAGAUGAUCAUGUUGUCCGCAGGGGCCGUGGCUCCGCUGGGUUUCUCUGUGCUCAGGUGUAUUCGACUGCUGAGGCUUUUCAAAGUCACAAAGUACUGGACCUCUCUCUAUAAUCUGGUGGCCUCCCUCCUCAACUCAGUCCGCUCCAUCGCCUCUCUCCUCCUCCUGGUCUUUCUCUUUAUUGUCAUCUUCUCCCUGCUGGGCAUGCAGGUCUUUGGAGGAAAAUUCAACUUCCCCGACCACAGGCUCAGACGCAGUAACUUUGAUAAUUUCCCUCAGGCUCUGAUCAGUGUGUUCCAGAUCCUGACAGGAGAGGACUGGACCACUAUUAUGUAUAAUGGUAUUAUGGCGUAUGGAGGACCUGUUUUCCCCGGCAUCCUGGUCUCCAUCUAUUUUAUUGUCCUCUUCGUCUGUGGAAACUAUAUCCUUCUAAAUGUCUUCUUGGCCAUCGCAGUUGACAACCUGGCAGAGGCUGAGAGUCUGACCUCAGCUCAGAAAGAGAAAGCAGAGGAGAAGUUGAGAAGAAAGCUACUUAGGUCCAAAAUGCCUGACAAGACAGAUGAGGAGAGGGAGAGGAUUGCGAAAAAGUUGGCAGAGCAGAGAGCUAAGAUAGAGGGCAUGCCGACCACGGCCAAGCUUAAAAUUGACGAGUUUGAGUCCAAUGUGAAUGAAGUGAAGGAUCCGUUCCCACCUGCAGACUUCCCAGGUGAUGAUGAGGAAGAAGAGCCUGAAAUCCCCAUCAGUCCUCGACCACGACCAAUGGCUGACCUCCAGCUGAAGGAGGAAGCCGUCCCACUGCCUGAAGCCAGCUCUUUCUUCAUCUUUGGUCCUCAGAACAAGUUCCGAAAGCUGUGCUACAAGAUCAUCAACGCCUCCUCCUUCACCAACUUAAUCCUCCUGUUCAUCCUGCUGUCCUCCAUCUCCCUGGCAGCUGAAGACCCCAUUGAUCCCAAGUCCUACAGGAACCAGAUCUUGGCCUAUGCUGAUAUUGUCUUCACAACAGUCUUCACCAUUGAGAUUGUAUUAAAGAUGACAGUCUAUGGUGCGUUCAUGCAUGAAGGAUCCUUCUGUCGUAACUCCUUCAACAUCCUGGAUCUGAUCGUGGUCACAGUCUCCCUGCUGUCCAUGGGAAUGGAGUCCAGUGCCAUCUCCGUGGUGAAGAUUCUCAGGGUGUUGAGGGUGCUGAGGCCUCUGAGAGCUAUUAACAGAGCUAAAGGCUUGAAGCAUGUGGUCCAGUGUGUGUUUGUGGCCAUCAAAACCAUCGGCAACAUCGUCCUGGUCACCAUGCUGUUGAACUUCCUGUUCGCCUGCAUUGGUGUCCAGCUCUUCAAGGGUAAAUUCUACAGCUGCACAGACUCUUCCAAAAUGACUGAGGAGGAAUGCCAGGGAUUCUUCCUGAAGCACAUGGAAAAUUCCCUGCAGGACACGGUGGUGGCGAAGAGGGAGUGGCUCAAUAAUGACUUCAACUUUGACAACGUGCUCAACGGCAUGCUGGCUCUCUUCACUGUUUCCACAUUUGAGGGCUGGCCGAAAAUGUUGUACAGAGCCAUCGAUUCUGAUGCAGAAGACGUGGGGCCUGUCUUCAACAACCGGGUGGAAGUCUCCAUUUUCUUCAUCAUCUACAUCAUCCUCAUCGCCUUCUUCAUGAUGAACAUCUUUGUGGGCUUUGUCAUCGUCACGUUCCAGGAGCAAGGAGAGCAGGAGUAUAAGGACUGUGAGCUGGACAAGAACCAGCGACAGUGUGUGCAGUAUGCCCUGAAGGCUCGUCCUCUGAUGUGCUACAUCCCCAAAAACCCUUACCAGUACAGGGUCUGGUACAUUGUCACGUCCUCCUACUUUGAGUACCUCAUGUUUUUCCUCAUUAUGCUCAACACCUUGUGUCUGGGGAUGCAGCACUGUAACCAGUCGGACCAUGUGACCAAGCUGUCAGACAUGUUGAACCUCAUCUUCACAGUGCUCUUCACAGUGGAGAUGAUUCUUAAACUCAUGGCCUUCAAAGCCCGGGGCUACUUCGGUGAUCCCUGGAAUGUUUUUGAUUUUAUCAUCGUCGUUGGUAGUGUAGUAGACGUCAUCCUGAGUGAAGUUGACACUGCCCUGGCCUCCAGUGGUGGACUGUACUGUCUCCAUGGCUGUGCUGAGACAAAUCCUAUGCAAGUGAUAGCAGCCUCUGAAAAUGCUUCUGUUUCCAUCACAUUCUUCCGACUCUUCCGUGUCAUGCGUCUGGUCAAACUGCUGAAUCGAUCAGAGGGAAUCCGUAACCUGCUGUGGACCUUCAUCAAGUCCUUCCAGGCUCUUCCUCAUGUUGCUCUGCUCAUCGUGAUGCUCUUCUUUAUUUAUGCUGUCAUUGGAAUGCAGAUCUUUGGAAAGAUAGCCUUAGUGGACGGCACCGAAAUCAAUCGCAACAACAACUUCCAGACAUUCCCUCAGGCUGUUCUAAUGUUAUUCCGAUGUGCUACUGGAGAGGGUUGGCAGGAAGUCAUGAUGGCAUCCAUGUAUGGGAAAAAAUGUGACCCCAAGUCUGACUUCCUGCCAGGAGAGGAAUACACCUGUGGGUCCAACUUCGCUGUCUUUUAUUUCCUUAGCUUCUACUGUCUCUGUGCCUUUUUGAUCCUUAACCUGUUUGUUGCCGUCAUCAUGGACAACUUUGACUACUUGACUCGUGAUUGGUCACUGCUGGGUCCUCAUCAUUUGGAUGAGUUUAAGAAAAUCUGGGCUGAAUAUGACCCUGAGGCCACUGGGAGAAUUAAACAUCUGGACGUGGUGACGCUGCUGCGGCGCAUCCAGCCUCCACUGGGGUUUGGCAAGUUCUGUCCUCAUCGUGCAGCAUGCAAGCGCCUGGUUGGUAUGAACAUGCCCCUCAACAGUGACGGCACUGUCACCUUCAAUGCCACUCUUUUUGCCCUCGUCAGAACUGCUCUUAAGAUCAAAACUGAAGGUAACUUUGAACAGGCCAAUGAGGAGCUGAGGGCAAUCAUAAAGUCCAUCUGGAAACGCACCAGUAUGAAGCUGUUGGACCAGGUCAUUCCACCGAUCGGAGAUGAUGAGGUGACCGUGGGAAAAUUCUACGCAACUUUCCUGCUUCAGGAUCAUUUCCGAAAAUUCAUGGAGCGUCAGGAGGAGUAUUAUGGCUACAGGCCCACGAAGAAGAAUGCCUCAGGGCCAGAGAUCCAGGCUGGUCUGAGGUCCACAGAGGAGGAGCCAGCUCCAGAGAUGCACAGGACCAUUUCUGGUGACCUGCAGACUGAGGAAGCCGCUGAAGACUCGAGUGAGGAAAGAAUUUACCAGCGCACACAUGGCCUGUUUGGUAACAGGACCGACCCCUUCUCCACUGAGCCCACCAACACUCAGUCACCACAGAUGACCAACCAGAGACCACUCAUGUUCUCUGACAGUCAGCCUGAGUCGUCACCUGACUUUUCACCCCUGGAAUCCACAACAGAGUUUUUCCCCACAACUGCAAACAACACAAACAAUAAUGCCUUCGCAGACUUGUUGUUUGAAAGAGAGGGCAGUUCAGGCGAGUUUUACAAUCCCAACGAGGACACAGAGCCAGACAGCAGGCGUUCCUGGAGUUUCACAGUGAAAACAGACAAAACAAAGUUUCCAUAUGACCCUCACUAUGGUGACUGUCAGAGCCAGAGCUCUCACACUGCAGCUGACCGACUUGUCCAAGAGGUAAGUUCGUCUACAGUCAAUUACUACACCAAAGAUAUGUUGUUAUAUGUUUGUAUAUACUGUCUCUUCUACCCUUUUUUUUGCACCAAGUGAGUAGCGCUCAAAUCUCGUUGUACACUGUACAAGGACAAUAAAGGCUAUUCUAUUCUAUUCUAUUCUAUUCUAUUCUAUUCUAUUAAUAGUUCAUUAAUACCUUACAAUAACAGGAAGAUUACAACCAGCUAACAAUAUAAAAUAAAUAAAUAAAUAAUAAUAAUAUGGAGGAAAUAACCUUCCCCUACUGACGAAAGUCAACUUUUGAUCAUAACUGAAAUACUAUACUAAUCAAUAAGAUAUAUGCUAUGUUAAUAUUUUCCUGAAAAAGUGUGUGCGCGCGUGUGUCUGUGAGUGUGUGUGUGUGCGUGUCUGUCUGUGUAUGACGUCCAAGCGACC